AUGUCUGAGAAAAAGGAGUUGCCCACCACUCUCGUCACGGGCGGCAACGGGUUUGUCGGCGCCAGCGUCAUUUCAGCCUUGCUGUCCACCUCCCACAACCACAAGGUCAUCCUGGCCGUGCGCAACACGUCCUCGGCCGAGGCCCUGGUCGCCGCGCACCCAGAGUGGCCCAACGAUCAUAUUACGAUCCACGCGGUGCCCGACUUCACGGUGCCGGGCGCGUUCGACAGCGUGUUCCGCGAGCACGACGACAUCGAGUACGUCGUGCACGUCGCGGCGCCGCUGCUGGACGACCCGCGCAACACCGACUUUGUGGAGCACUUUGAGAAGCCCAGCGUCCUGGGCAACGUCGGCCUCCUUACCAGCGCGAAGCAGUACGGCAAGAACGUGAAGGCCGUCAGUGUCACGGGCAGCAUCAACGCCAUCACGCUGGGCGACCAGGACGACGUCAAGAAGCGCGUCUUUGGGAACGACGAGUGGUUGUCUCUGGACCGCGAGGAUGCCAUCAAGGCUCAACACAACUAUAUCUCAUACUGCGUCGGCAAGAAACUGGCCGAAAAGGCAUUGUGGCAAUUCGUCCAAGACGAACAUCCCUCUUUCACCGUGACAAACUUCAUGCCCCCUCUGAUCUUCGGACCCAUGGAGCAAAACGUCACGAGCGUGGACAAGGUCAACUUCAGCAACUCGCAGAUUCUCGCCAUCAUGAACAGUGCCACGUCCUCGGAUGACAAGAAGGUCCCGACGACCAUGUUUCCGGCAUAUAUCGACGUCCGAGACCUAGCAGAGCUACAGAUUCAAGCCCUCACCAACCCCAAAGCGGCCAACAGGCGCUUCAUAGUCGGGUUCCCCAUGUUCUUCAAUGACUUCGCCGACGCCCUGCGCGCCAAUAUACCAGAGCUAAAGGGUCGGGUUGGCGAGAACAAUGACGACUCCGAAACCUUGACGCCGGUGAGGAUCGACACCCACGAUGCCGACUCGGUGUUUGAUAUCAAGUUCCGCACUUUACAGGAGACCGCGGUCGACACGGCCGCUCGAAUCCUCAAACUUGAGGCUGCUGCGACGCGUUGA